UAGAGGUAUUCAUCAAAAGUAAGAGUAUUAUCACUAGAGCUCGCUAGUCCAUUGAGGUCUUUUGAAGUGUUUGGUGGUGUGCCCAGAGCAACGCCCCACGAAACCGUGAAUCAGAACUCCGGAAUAAGCAAUAUCCGGCUUCCGAGUACUUCAGUAUCGUGUGCAGCAGUAAAAAUUUAAAAAAACUUUUGUAUAGUGCUAGUUUCUAAAAAGCAAUCGAUAACACUCAAAAUGCAUAGAAUAUUUUACGUGUGCUUAAUCCUGGCUGCAAGUGUCCAUGCACAGCAGUUCAAAUGUCCCCCCAAAGAUGGCCAAUACGAAGAUCCCAUCCAGUGCGAUAAGUUCUAUGAGUGCUAUGAUGGUCGUGUCACUGAAAAGCUUUGUCCUGAUGGCUUAGUAUUCGAUCCUACGAUCCGAAAAAUCAACAAAUGUGACCAGCCUUUCAAUGUGGACUGCGGCGAUCGACUUGAAUUGCAACCUCCCAAAGGCAAAAAUCUUUGUCCCCGUAGAAACGGAUUCUUCGCUCACCCAGAUCCUGCAGUAUGUAAUGUUUUCUACAAUUGUAUCGAAGGGGAAGCUAAUGAAAUUACUUGCACUUCUGGUUUGCAUUUUGAUGAAUAUACCGGUACCUGCGUUUGGCCCAACGAUGCUGGCCGCCAAGGAUGUAAUCCUGGUGCUAAUAAGAAACUAAAGGAUGGUUUUACCUGUCCAAAAGAACAAAAAAACGAUGAAUCGGGACAGACCGUUGCGCACCCGAAAUACGCACAUCCGACUGAUUGCCAAAGGUUCUAUGUUUGCUUAAACGGUGUUGAGCCACGUGAUCUCGGCUGCCAAGUCGGCGAAGUAUAUAACGAAGAAACUGAGCGAUGCGAUGCACCAGAAAAUGUCCCAGGAUGUGAGGACUGGUAUAAAGAAAGUGACGAAAAAAAACACUAGACUGAGGCGUCAAUCCAUAAUGGUCGUACAUUCACCAUCAUUGAUUAUUCAUAAGACUACCUAUUGUUAAAAAUAUUUUGAUAUAAUUAACUUAUGAAAGUUGUAUGAAAUUUUCUUUAAAUGAAUGAAAUACUGAAUAUAGGUCGAUUUGUUAAGGAGAUGUAAACGAAUGAAGAAAUAUACAUCGAAAAAAUAAA